GUAUUUUUAGAUAACAAUUUCAUUUACCAUAACAUUGUUGCAUACGAUUAUUGCCCUAUCGUACGACCGUAAUAUUGCUCAACUUAUUCCUUGCAUAUACAUACAUUGUACAUAUUGCUUACUUCCACCAGGAUAACGUCCCACAGUAUGAAACAGAUAAAAUCACUUCGUAAAGCCGUCGUGGAGGGUGCUCGUAUUGCCAGAGAUUCAAAAGAUUACAUUACUUACUGCACAUUACUUGAUGUUACGCUACAAAAUGGUUUGGAACUUGAUAGCACAGAAUCAACUCAGUUACUUCAAGUGCUAAAGGAACAGGUGCUCCUGGAACGGAAUAAUCUUAUUUUUAAAGAAAUUGCUUGGGACCUUAUUUCACCAGUUAUUUUAUAUUACGAAAAAGUUGAGCCCGAGACUGUAAACUCGCUACUAGAUGUUUUUGGCCAAAUUGGUAAUCCUCGUGAGCUCUACAUUCGGUGUAAUGAGCUUUUCCAUGAACUGAACGUCGACGAAAGUUGUACCUUAAAAGUCGUUGCUCUUGUUAAUUUAAGUAGACAAGCCCUUUCAAGGAUUGAGACGAAAAACCCAAUUUUGUUUAUCAAACCACUAUUUGAAUCUAUCUGGAGAAAAUUGGAAGAAGUGAUUUGUGCAUCUACGAACCAAGUAAAGGUGGUUGAAGCAAUUUUAGACCUUCUUGAUGACUUGGUUUCUCAAUGGAAGGAUAAUUCUGACUGCAUUAAACUGUUUCCCUCUGCUAUGGCUUUGUUCACCUGUAUCAUCUUUGAAAGCUUGAACUUCAACCUUGCAAGAGAAUACGUCCAACAACACUUCAAUAGCCCUAAAGUUGCCUUUCGCUGUCAACGUGAGAUUUCGGAUACUGAUGAUAUUGACUUAAAAAUAGUUGCUUCUCGAGUGCUUCAAUUAUUAAAAAUUGCGAAUGGAUUACAAUCAUGGCCAAAGAUUGUUUCAAUUACUCAGAAAAUGGGUUGCUUUUUGGAUGAGCCGCAGAUCACCGCUGCGGAAGAAACUCGGUUUGAAGAAGAUAUAGUUGACGCAAAACUUAAUGCUUAUACCAAAGGUUAUGUCGCGGGCUCGGUGAUUAACGAGUAUUUUCAGGAUGACAGAUCAGAUAUCCCCCAAUCCAUCGAUGAAGUAUAUCCUGUUGUUGCUCAGCUUAUACAAUGGGAAGGCCAAGGUUGGUUGGAUUUAGGGCUCUUUUUAGCCAUGAAAUAUCUCGAUUGCAAUUUUGAUGGAAACGUUACAAGUAGAACAAAGUUUUUCUCUGUGCUUCAGCUCUUUCACUUCGUGGCUGCGCUAAAUGAGGAUGCAACUGUGCGACUCAUAAGCAACGAAAUCGUCCUUCGGUUUUUGUCCAAGGUUUCAGAGGAAGUAAAAAUAACCUACAUUCUUGACGUUUUACACGAAUGUCCCUUUUUAAAUGUAAAGACUGAGAUGCUACGUUAUUAUCAAGAGCUUUACUGCGAUGGCCAAGAAAACUCGAUGUUUCAAGAGACGAAAUAUGUUCGUCAGGUCAUUGAAGCAUGCACAAACAUUCCAGAGCAGGUAGAUGGCUCUUAUGCUCCUUUUUUUCAGCAAUGUCUUGCUUUUCUUUUCGUCGUUCAAACUCGAGACAACGAACAACUAAAAGCUCAGUCCGUGCAACAGUUUAUUAAGACUAUGAGGAUAGUCACAACUACGGAUGAAGACAGUGAUGACUAUAGUAUCCUUCAGCCAAUGUUGGACAAAUUGGAUCAACAAUCCAUGCUGACAGAUGUACAUCAGAACUCUAAAGCAGAUGUAAGACCUAACUCAAUUGUUGAAUAAAAUAAUCUGUAACACUAUAAUAUGAUUGUAUCAAUCACGGACGGCAUUAACCAAAUACUUAUC